AAAAUGUGCGUAGGGAAUCUAUGUAGAAAAAUUCCGAGUGGAUAUAGCAUUAUUUUUAUGUCUUUGACAUAUAUGUACUGUAUGUCACCUUUAUUUGUCUGGUGUAAAAUGGGAGCAGUGUGUGCCUUGUUGUAUUAAAUAGGGAUUGGUCAGUCAUUUUCACGUUUCAGUAUUUUGGAAAUGGUCCAAAAAGCCACAACUUAAAUUUGCACCUGAGGGGCGCCGCCGCGAGGGGCACAGCGAAGGACACCCAUUCGCCCGUCGCUCCGUCCCCCGGUCCCCAGCGAACCAAUCAGAAGUUGUCUGGCGUGUCACGUGGGGGAGGAGGCGACUCGCUGCUGUCGAGCACGGUGAAUCAGAAUUCGAACUUUGGCGAAAGAGCGACACUGCAAACAGUGCAGCAGUAGAGCGGCGUUACACUGUCACACUGCAGCUGUCACUGUCAUCCCGAAAGCGGGGCCCGAAGGGGGGAUUUGCUGCACCGCUCCACACAGGGGUUUUUGGAUUUGCUCGCAGUGCCAUGUUACAGCGGAGACGCUCAGGGUCAGCUCUUUGCACACGGGGGCCCUGUGGCACUCACCGGUAACAAGGUCCGGACCUCGCUGGGGAAGAGCCUUUCGGCGUGGUGGCGGCAUCAGCGGCAGCAGCGGAGGGGAUGUCACGUCACAGCAACGGCAGUGGGACUAAACGCUCCCUGGGCAUCACCAACCUAUUCCCCCUGCCGCCGGGUUCGGGGACCUGGGGCAUGGGCCGGAGUUCCAAGCGCAGCUCCUCAGGAUCUCUGAGCCCUGGCCUGGACUCAGUGGACAGCCCAGAUGUGGACCCCAGCUACAUCUUGCAGCUGGUCAACGAUGUGCGCCAGUUUGCUGAAGUGCUCCUGCGCCUCAAGGAGACCUUCCAGUCUGAAGAGAAUCAAGACUGUCUGCACCAGGUGGUUCACGAGCGACUUGGAGAGCUGCUGCGGGUGCUGAAGGCUCUCAUCAGCAAACACCAGACCCUCAACUCGGUGGACAUCCUCAGCGCUGCAGGGACCGUGAUCGCCAAGGUCAAAGGUGUUAACUUCAGGGAUGUGAAUGAAGAAAACAAAAGAAAUCUUUUUGAUGAAAUAUACACUUCUAUUGACACUUUAGCAUUCACAUUUGGCAAUGUAGUGUCUGACUUCCUUAUGGGAGAUGUAGACAGAGAAUCAGUGCUGGGACUCCGCCGGACUCUCAAAAGCAGGUCUUUUGAGAACCUGUCGGUGGAGUCUCCGGGAUCCAUUUCCGAGAAGGAUGACCUUCCAGGCACGCCGCGGGCUCAGGAGGUGGACUGCGCACUUCUGGGCAGCGACAGCGGCGUGGAGUCAGCAUUGCUCUACGCCAAGGCCUGGUCCAAGUAUGCCAAAGAGCUGCUGGCCUGGGUGGAGAAGAGGCUGAGCCUAGAUAUCGAAUGUGCAAAGAGCUUUGCAAAAAUGGCCGAAUCUGCAAAGGCACUCGCAAGUCAGCAGGACUAUAUGCCAUUCCAGGACUUUUAUAUCUCCGCGUUUCAAAAUGACAUUGAAUACAGUCAGUUUGUGCUGCAAACAGCUUCCGCUCUUCAGACCAACAAAUUUACUCAGCCUCUGUUGUCCAGAAAGAAUGAACUGGAUAAACUUAGGAAAGAAAUGAAGGAGCAAUGGCAAAGAGAGCAAAAGAAAAUGCAAGAAGCCGACUGCGCCCUGAAGAAAUCCAGGCUGCUGCAGAUCCAGAGGCAGGAGGAGCAUGAGAGGGCUCGCACGUCCACCAGCCGCGCGGAGGAGGAGCUGGUGGGCAGCGGAGGCAAGCAGCUGGAGAAGAGGAGGAGGCUGGAGGAGGAGGCGCUGCAGAAGGCAGAAGAAGCCAAGGAACAGUACAAAGCGUGUGUUGCAGACAUGGAGGUGAAGAAAGUGGAUCUGGCCAAUGCCAAGAGCGAAAUUCUCGCUCAGAUCCGGGAGCUGGUGUUCCAGUGCGACCUGACUUUGAAAGCGGUGACGGUGAACUGGUUUCAGAUGCAGCAAGCCCUGGCCGCCUCCCUGCCGGUCCACUACCAGACCCUUUGUGAGAGCGCCAAGCUGUACGAGCCAGGUCUGCGCUACUCCGACUUUGUAAGGAGCCUCCCCAAAGACAGGGUUCGAGUGGACGCCCUCUCCUUCGAUGUUCCCAGCCUCCAGAACACCGGGUUACCCCCGACUAAGCGACAAACAAGCAGCAGCCACUCCUCUCACGGAAACCUGUCUCAGGUGUCGGCCACAUCGGGCGACUUCCACAGCACUCUCGAGGUUGACUGUCCGGCUCACACACGCCUGGGACGGAAGAUUGGGGAAAGGCGCUCCAACAGCAGCACUGACAUCCAAGCGCUGCGGAUCCAGGGCCCGUUCCGAGCGUGGAGUACGGGCAGCCAGGGAGGGGGGAUGUGCAGCGACUCCGAAAGUGCUGGGGGGAGCAGCGAGUCCCGCUCCAUGGACUCCCCAACUGCCAGCCCAGGCGAUUUUAAAAGGAGGCUCCCCAGAACCCCCUCCACAGGCACCAUGUCCUCAGCAGACGACCUGGAUGAGAGAGAGCCCCCGUCCCCAUCAGAUCUGGGUAUGAGUGAGAUGGUGGCGGAGACCAGUUCCCCUGGACCUUUCCGAAAUGCACACAUGUCUAAAGCUGCCCAGACCCACAGGCUGCGGAAGCUGCGGGCCCCUUCCAAGUGCCGCGAAUGUGAUGGUUUGGUCGUGUUCCAUGGUGCAGAGUGCGAAGAGUGUUCCCUCGCUUGUCAUAAGAAGUGCCUGGAAACACUGGCCAUCCAGUGCGGCCACAAGAAACUGCAGGGGCGACUGCACCUCUUUGGCAUUGACUUCAGCCAAGCCGCCAGGAACAACCCGGACGGCAUUCCGUUCAUCAUCAGGAAGUGCACCUCAGAGAUCGAGAACCGGGCCCUGAAUAUCAAGGGGAUCUACCGCGUGAACGGAGCCAAGUCCCGAGUGGAGAAGCUGUGCCAGGCAUUUGAAAAUGGGAAGGACUUGGUGGAACUCUCUGACCUGUACCCCCAUGAUAUAAGCAACGUACUUAAGCUCUACCUCCGACAGCUUCCGGAGCCACUCAUCUUGUUUCGCUACUACAAUGACUUCAUUGGCCUGGCGAAGGAGAGCCAGAGUAUACUCUCGGACGAGGUGGACAGGGGCCGCAGCACUGCGAAGACUGAACAGGCCCAGAUCAGUGUCGAGCUCAACCGGGUCCUCUUCAAAAUCAAGGACCUGCUCCGACAGCUGCCCCUGGCACAUUACAGAACCCUGCAGUUCCUCAUAGGACACUUAUACCGAGUGACAGAGAAGGCAGAUGAGAACAAAAUGACCGCCAGCAAUUUGGGGAUCAUCUUUGGGCCAACGCUGAUCAAGCCCCGGGGGGCGGAUGCUGACGUGUCACUGUCCUCGCUGGUGGACUACCCCUACCAGGCUCUCAUUGUGGAGCUGCUCAUCCGUCACUAUGAGAAGAUUUUUGAUGUCCCUGCUGGCCUGCCGCCAGGCCACGGCCUUGCCCCGAUGAAGGAGAGUUCCCCCAUGUCAGCGAAGGGGAGCCUGCCUAGGGCCACUCCCCGUGAGAAGGAGCAGCAGCUCAGUAGGCACUCAAAGUCCCUGGUUGACAUCAAGGAGGAGAGCACCAAAGUAUACAAAAGGCACACGUCUGUUAUUCCUUCCAAUCAUCUGCUAGAUGAGGUAGAAGGAGUACAGUCCAGCUCGGAGUGGAAGGGAAUUACCCCUGCUACGGGUUCAGGUCCAGAGGGACUCAACGGGCUUCCCGCUGGCAGCAAAGAUGCUGAGAGACUUUCUCCAGCACCUGGCACGCCCCACCACGGCACAACCAAAGUACAGCUGCGACCCCUACGGACAAAGAUGGUGUCUCGGCCCACGAGCGUACCUGUGGAGCGCCUGCUGAACGCGGCCAAGGUGAGCGAGGCCAACUCCAGGAACAGCUUGGAGUCUGAGCGCAGCCCUCCAAUACAGGAAGUGGAUGAGUCUGACAAGCCCAGCACCAGACUUGGCAACUACAGUCGCAACAAUUAUAGCAACACGCAGACUCUCAGGAGAACGUGGGAUAAGCAGUACAAGCACUACAGCGUCACCCCUAGGACAGCGAUGAUCGUGGCUAACAUUGCUCCAGACCAUGAAGCUGGUGACGGUGGGAAGCUGUCCUCUUCCAUGUCCCCUCAGUACACCCAAGGAGGCAUGGGGAGCCUCAAAAAAGACGACGUCCUGAGUGAGCACAGUCCUACAACUGCCACCUCAAGGGCACCCCGAACGUUGCAGCCUCCACCCGGAACCUUCUACAAGCCUUCUCCGAGCAACAGAACACGGCCACUUACUGACACGGAGGUGAAGACGAGCGCUUCACCCACCAGUAGUGUGCCAGAGGCAGACUUAGAGGUAGAGGAGUCUGUGGAUGGGGUGUCUGUGGAUGGGAUGCCUGUGGACAUGGAGCUCAGCCCCACCGCUAAGCCCCCAGUGCCUCCAUCUGCUGGUUCGAGCCAAGAGCCCACCACCCAAAGCGAAGCAAAGCCGCUGUACCAGAGACUUCGGUCCCGUCGCCUGCAGGAGCUCGAGCACAGGGAAGCCCAUUUCGUAUGAUGGCUCUGGUUAAUAAAUACACAAACAAAUGUGCCAUACCACAUACAUGAAGAUUUCUUCAUCCAAAAUGAACAAAAAUGACAUUUCUCGAGCUGUGAAAAAGAACCAUGGAAGUGUUACAUAUAUUUAUAUAUAUAUUCCUACUAAUCUCUUUGCCACGGUUUGUGAAAUAAAAAUCGAGACAUGUCCUGACAAUAAUAAAAUAUGCACUUAGUUAAAAAUGUAUAUUUGUAUGUAACAUACAAGAUGCAGCUAUGUCUCAAGGGUUCUUCAAAAAAGGAAGCUGACCAUUUCUACCGUUUCCAUUUACUGCCAUUUUUACCGCACCUGUAAAAAUUGCAAAGAUGUUUUUCCACCCUUUAAGAUAUAUGUUUCAACAGCAACAUAUCAAAGAUAAUCUUUAAGCAUUUUAUGAGAACAAAACAGAUUUGUAAAGUUAUUUUUUUAGUGUUUGUGCAUUUUUGCCAAAAAACUGUUUGAUUUGUUGUAUUUUUGUAAUGCCACUUUAUCAUAAAUAUUAUGGUGCACUUGCUUGGCUUUAGGAAUCAAACAUACAGUUGUUUUUCCCAUGCUGAAAUACCUUUCAGUGUGUUUAAAUAAGAUCCAUGACCAUGUGUCUGAGAAGUGGAAGUUAAUUUUGUCUGUGCUCAUAAACCUAUGCUUAAGUUAAGCCUCAGUGAGUGCAUCUGAUAAUUUAUGUAUGCUGUGUAUUGGUUUUAAUGUUGUAUGCACCACCUGUAAGGAGUGUUUGUUGCAAAAUGUAUUAACUUUAUUCCCAUCUUGUAAUAGUUCUUAUGCCCAUAAACUGCUUUUGUAAGAUAUUAAAAAUAUAGUUCAU